UUGAGUUUCAAAAUGCCUAUGAACAUGAACAAGCUGAUUUUACUACUAGGAAUGAUCUGUUUGGAACAAGAAGAAUCUGCAAUUCUUUCUCUUCCCAAAGCUCCCAACUGUGGGCAGAAUGUGCCUAAGUCUCAGCCUUGGAAUUACUUAAGCAUUUUCAGUCGCAUUGUUGGGGGAAACCAAGUGGAAAAAGGUUCUUAUCCCUGGCAGGUGUCUCUGAAAAAAAGGAAGAAGCACAUCUGUGGAGGAACCAUCAUCUCUCCACAGUGGGUGAUCACAGCUGCUCACUGUGUCGCAAACAGAAAUAUUGCAUCAAUGUUGAAUGUCACUGCUGGAGAACACAACUUGAGCCAGACAGAGCCAGAAGAGCAAAUCCUCACCAUCAAAACCAUCAUCAUACACCCACAAUUCUCCAUCAAAAAACCAAUGGAGUAUGACAUCGCCCUUUUGAAGAUGGCUGGAACCUUCCAAUUUGGCCAGUUUGUGAGGCCUGUGUGUCUUCCAGAGCCAGGAGAGCGAUUUGAGGCUGGAUUUAUUUGUACUACUACAGGUUGGGGCCGCCUGACUGAAGAUGGAAUCUUUCCACAAGUCUUGCAGGAAGUGAAUCUGCCUAUUCUGACCAAGGAGGAGUGUGCAGCAGCUCUGUUAACCAUAAAGAAGCCUUUCAGUGGGAAGACCUUUCUCUGCACAGGCUCCCCAGAGGGAGGGAGUGACGCAUGUCAGGGAGACUCAGGAGGUUCACUUAUGUGCCGGAAUAAAAAAGGAGCCUGGACUCUGGCGGGUGUGACUUCCUGGGGUUUGGGCUGUGGUCGAGGCUGGAGAAAUAAUGGGCAGAAAAAAGAUCAAGGAUCUCCUGGGAUCUUCACAGAUAUUAGUAAAGUGCUUCCCUGGAUCCAUGAAUACAUCCAAACUGGUAAUGAAGCCACCACGCAAGGUUAAGAAGCUGCUGUUCUGCUAGGGCAGAGAGCACCAGGCAAGUCAGGACCACACAGCAUAGCCUUUCACUUCUGUUCCCAGGGCAGCAGAUAAGGAUGUAAAAUUUACUGUCCAAAACAGUAGCAAAACAUGAAAUGUGGUACAGUGCACAAAUAUUCAAUGAAAAAUGAAUCCAUCUGUUGUAGAUUUUGUCAAUCACCCGAUAAUAUUUUUUAUUACUUCUUGACUAUCCUAGGAAGAUACAGCAAGAUGUAGCACAUAUCAAUCAACCAGGGUCAAUUUUGCCACCUAGGUAAAAAUGUGGGGAAACGUUUUUGGUUGUCACUAAUUGGCAUCAGGCAUGGAGGGGCCAUGGAUGCUGCUAAACAAAGUGCAAUGCAACACCCCAGACACUUCUUGCGCCAAAUGUUAAAAGCACAGGAAUUCUUGACGUAGAAGCACAUUGGAAGGGCCAGGGUCUACACAAAACCUUCUGCUAAACUGGUCAGGGAAUAAAUUUCAAUCUCUUCAAACCCAGCUCAAUUGUUUUUGGUGUUUUUCUUGUUUUGUUUUGUUUUGUUUAACUGUUGUCUUCCAGUCUCAGACAGGCUUUUCAAUCUUCCCCAGUGAGAUUAAUUCACAUUAAUUCAGUAGGAAUUUAGAUUUGUUUCCAAGAGUGUGGCACAUGGUAGUUAUCUUAGCCAUCAGUUCAAGUUGUAGCUGUUCCAGAAAAUUUUUUUGAGCAUAUAGGCAAGUUAUUUCUUUAUCUAGCCUCUAUUCUUGUGUAACAUAACUUCUUCUUGCUCUCUGUAAUUGCCAAGUUAAUCAUGACUCUAUCUUAAGGUCACUCAAUAAAGUGAAUAAAAUCAUCUCUGUAAAACACCAGGGUCUCUUUCCAGUUUU